GCAGGCCGAGCGCCCUCGCUAGGGCGCAAGUGCGCUUAUUGGAACGCGGCCGAGGCCAGUUUGUAAAUAGCGAGUGAGACGCGCUGCUGCUUCCCGGCUGUAGCGGCGAAUAUCGAGCCCAGGGCGCCGUUCUCUCGGGGUUUUCUCAUCUGAGGCUCGCCAGCCAUGAAGUUUGUGUACAAAGAAGAGCAUCUCUUCGAGAAGAGGCGGUCUGAGGGGGAGAAGAUCAGAAAGAAGUACCCGGACAGAGUGCCCGUGAUUGUGGAGAAAGCUCCCAAAGCCAGGAUAGGAGAUCUGGAUAAGAAGAAGUAUCUGGUGCCAUCUGACCUCACAGUGGGACAGUUUUACUUCCUGAUCCGAAAGCGGAUCCACCUGAGGGCUGAGGACGCGCUCUUCUUCUUCGUCAACAACGUCAUUCCUCCCACGUCCGCCACCAUGGGGCUGCUCUACCAGGAGCACCACGAGGAGGAUUUCUUCCUCUACAUUGCGUACAGUGACGAGAGCGUCUACGGAGACUGAGAGACGCCUGUCUAACCACACCCCCCACCUCACACACACACACACACACACACACACACACACACACACACACACACACACACACAGACCUGAUAAACACA